GAGGAGUUCAUGGAGUACCUCUCGGAGUCGCUGGAGCCCCAGUCCCCCUUUGACCUCCUCGAGCCCCCCACCAUGGUCGGCUUCCUCAAGCUCUCCAAGCCCUGCUGCUAUAUCUUCCCGGGCGGGAGAGGGGACUCGGCUUUCUUUGCCGUCAACGGCUUCAACGUCUUGGUCAACGGAGGCUCCAACCCCAAGUCAUCCUUCUGGAAGCUGGUCCGGCACCUGGACCGCAUCGACUCCAUCCUGGUGACGCACGCGGGCACGGACAGCCUGCCCGGCGUCAACAGCCUGCUGCAGAGGAAGCUGGCCGAGCUGGAGGAGGAUCCAUCCCAGAGCUCGCAAGGCAACGGGGACUGGGCAAAGAACCUCAUCUCCCCGGAGCUGGGCGUCGUCUUCCUCAACGCCUCCGAGAAGCUGAAGGACAUCGAGGGUAACUCCCGGGUGUUGAAGAGCUGCGACGAGGCUGCCCUGACCCUGCACUACCUGGAGAAGCUGGGCAUUCGUCCCAACCCCCUAGCCCGGGACAGCGGACCUCGUGCGGAGCCCACUGUCCUCUUCCAGAAGAUGGGAGUGGGCCGGUUGGACAUGUACGUCCUGAACCCCGUGAAGGGCACCAAGGAGCUGGAGUUUCUCCUGCAGCAAUGGUCGGGCAACAGCUACCCCAAGGAGCAGGACUUGCCCCUGCAGUGCUUGACCUCCGUCUGCGCCCUGCUCGUCUGGCACCCCGUCAGCCCCUCCGAGAAGAUCAUCCGGGUCCUCUUCCCCGGCUGCACCCCCCAGGGCCGCAUCCUGGAGGGGCUGGAGAAGGUGAAGCACCUGGAGUUCCUCAAGCAUCCCGUGGUCACCAAGAAUGAUUUGAAGGGGCCUGAGAAGCCGCUCAAGCAGAGGAGGGCAGAGAGCAAGGAGAGCCUGAAGUCGUCUUCCAAGCUCAGCUUGGUGGAUGCUGGGGCACCGGUGCUGAAGGAGAAGGCUCCGAAGGUGGAGAGGAAGGAGGUGAAGGCAGGGACCAAGGAGAAGCCAAAAUCCCUGGGGGAGACGGUCAGAGCGGGGUCGGAAGAGGAGAAAGCCAAGGAUGCUCGAGCCAAGCUGGACUCUUCGAUGGAGAAGCUGAAGGCGGAUGCAAAGCCGAAGCUGAGCAAGGAGAAAGCUCUGCCCAAGAAGGAGCCUGUACCCCGGAAAGAGGAGAAGAAGCCGCCGAAGAAGGACGAGGGGGCCGAGGCGAAGGGGGAGGCCAAGAAGGAGGUGAAGGUGGUGAAGAAGGAGGUGAAGGCUGAGACGCUGCGGAAGGACGCGAAGGAGAGCAAGGCAGAGGCCAAGGCUCCUGCCAAGACCCUGGCUCGGAAAACACCGGUCCCGGAGACCCGCAAACCCCUGGCCAAGGCCGGCAGCAUCAAGAAACCCCCCCUCAAGAAGGAGCCGGAGAAGUCCAAGGCCAAAGCCCCCCGGGAGGCAGGCGGCAGGAAGGAGCCGGGGACGUCGGACGGCUCCAA